AUGAGAGUCGAGAAAAUGGCGAACAAUCAGAUGACUGGUAACGACAGUCCCCGCCGUACGAAACGCGCCCGACUCGACCCCCUCCACGCCUCCCACCCUAAGCUCAGUCCCGCGCACGACCUGUCGGGGGGCGAGGGGUCGCCCAAGGGGUCACUCGUCCACACAAUGGUCUCGUCGUCAACGGAUCCCGAGAUCUUGAGUUGCAGUGACUCGGGCUUUGACUCCGGUUUCCAAGAGUUUGUGGCCAACAGUGACACCAAAGGGAGCGACAACUCAGACGACGGCCAUAAAUACCCGAAUCUGGUGUUCAGAAGCGAUGCAAUUGAGGCGCCGGUAGAGACGGCGCGCGAAGACGCGGACGACUUGUCGGCGUUAGUCGCCGGCGAGUCGACGACCGGUGAGGGGAGCGGCGAGUGCGAGGACGUGGACGAUGCGGCCAGCGAUGUGUCGGACCUGUCGUGCGUGAGCUGUCUGUCGGACAUGAGUGGCCAACAGUGGAAACCCAUCUCCGGACCGGUCGCGUGGAUCCACAAACAGAUGUGCAGCGGAACUGAUCCGCGGACUAUACUGACGGAGAUGGUCGCCGACAACACUCUAAUUCCCGACAAUUUAGACAAUUUGACGCUUUGGAGGAUUAUAGUGAACAUGUUGUCCGAACCGCCCCCGAGACCCAAACUCCAGUCCCUCAACACCAUCGACGACUGCAUACAACUCAUCAACAAAUGUAAUCGCAUUCUUGUGCUGACGGGCGCCGGGGUGUCGGUCUCGUGCGGUAUACCGGACUUCAGGUCUCGCGACGGCAUAUACGCGCGUCUGAGUAAAGACUUUCCCGAUCUGCCCGACCCUCAGGCCAUGUUUGACAUCCACUACUUCCGCAAAGAUCCGCGACCUUUCUUCAAGUUCGCGAAAGAGAUAUAUCCGGGACAGUUUGAGCCGUCGAUAAGCCAUCGGUUUAUUCGGAUUUUGGAGCAGAAAAACAAAUUACUCCGGAAUUACACCCAAAACAUCGACACACUGGAGAGGGCGGCCGGCAUCGAGCGAGUGAUCACAUGUCACGGCUCGUUCGCGACGGCCACCUGUACUCAGUGUCGGCUCAAAGUGGACGCCUCUUUCAUCAAGAAAGACAUAUUCGAGCAAAAGAUACCGAAGUGUCCGGAUUGUGCCGAAGACGCCGACAAUAUGGCUGUCAUUAAACCGGAUAUCGUGUUCUUCGGUGAGGGUCUGUCCGACGAGUUCCACAGCGCGAUGUCUCACGACAAAGACGAGUGCGAUCUCCUCAUAGUGAUGGGCUCUUCCCUCAAAGUACGUCCGGUGGCACUCAUUCCGAGUUCAAUACCCGAAUCGGUUCCGCAAAUCCUAAUAAACAGAGAGCCUUUGAAUCACUUGACAUUUGAUGUCGAAUUGUUGGGCGAUUGCGAUGUCAUUGUAAAGCAAUUGUGUGACAGAUUGGGCGCCGAAUGGGUUGACUACUGUCAAGGGUUUGGCUCAUCAGACAAGACGAUUGAAUCGACAAAAUCUGAUGACUUUAGUCUCGAAGUAAACAAUAAUUUGUCUCAAAUUAGCUCUUCAUUGCCUUUCGCUUUCAAUACAACUGUCAAUGAGUUGAGAGUUUCAGAUCAUAGCAGUUGUCAUCAAAACGACAAUAAACACAAGAGUGAAGACUUAAACCCAGACUCCACUCAAUCCGAAACACCAAAACCCAGUGACGACCGAAUUGUUUCCCAAUUGACCGAUGACAAAUACAUAUUUCUCCCUCCGAGUCGUUAUAUAUUCAAAGGCGCCGAAGUGUUUGACAGCGAUUUAAGUACACAUAAGAGGAGUGGCGGCGAAGUGAGCGAAGACGACACAUCCAAUAGUUCUCUGUCGACCACUCCGUGCUCGUCGUCGUCGUCCUCCUCAUCGUCAUCAUCGCUGUUCACAUCGGACUCACUCUUAUCUCCGGUUCACUCCAAUAGUAAUAACUUUACGGACGCGUCGGAAACGACAAAAGCCUGUUAUUCUUCAUACACGACAUCAUUAUCUCCCAAAUUCUCCAUACCUUCUGAACACGAAAUUUCUAAAACAUAAUGUUUUGGUAAUUAGUAUUUUUGGACAUUUUUAGUGACUUUUUUGCUAUUUAUUAUGUUUUCUGUGAUUUGAAACAAAAACAAAACAAAAAUGAAUAAUGUUUUCAAUUAUUAUAUAAUAUUAUUGUUACAAAAUGCUCACAAUUUUUAUCUGUAAUUGAUUUUAUUGAUCUCUUUUCCUAUAUAUAUUUAAUGAGAGUUUUAGGUAUUUCUAGAUAUAAUUGAAUUGUAGGACAAUUAUCGAGAGUUUAAUUUGUUUUUAGUACUCCUCUUGUCUCUCAUCCGAAUCGGUGUUCUUAGGUCUGCCCGUUGUUUGCAUUGAAUGCCAUUGAAUGCACGCAACAACACCUUUCCUAUACCUAUGAGUUUACAAAUAUAUUUCAAUAUAAUAUGUAUAUUGACUAAUGUUUUAUGAAUCGAGUGAAUCCAUUAAUUGAAUGUUAAUUAACAUUAAAUAUUUUGUUCAUUUUUAAGGACUAAGAAUUCAAUCAUAACUUGUUGUAUAAAACGAUUCAUUACAUGAUAUCUCGCGUCUGAACCACAGAUAAUAGCAAUACAUUGAAUACAACGCUUUUGUCUAUAAUUUACAUUCAAUUUAUAUAAACAGUACAAACAUUAUAUAUACCGUAUAUAAUAAUAAUAUAAUUAAUUAUAUAAACUAUUUGUUGGUUUCAUUACUUUAUUAAUGAUAAUUACAAA